CUUACAGCCAGCAGUGAUGGUGUACUGAUCAGCAUAUGGGAAGAGGAAGACAUGCCCCCAGAACUCAGAGAUGCCUCCAUCGUAGCCCUAUACAAGAACAAAGGCUCACGAGCAGCCUGUGACAACUACAGAGGCAUCUCACUACUCUCCAAUGCUGGAAAGAUCCUCGCCCGUGUUAUACUCAACAGACUCCUGUCAUCUGUUUCUGAGCAGAACCUGCCUGAAUCACAAUGUGGCUUCCAACCAGAUCACAGCACCAUCGACAUGGUCUUCACAGUGAGGCAAAUGCAGGAAAAAUGCCUUGAGCAGAACCCGAGUCUCUACAUUGUCUUCAUAGACCUGACAAAGGCGUUCGACAUAGUGAACAGGGACGCAUUGUGGGUGAUCCUCAGCAAGCUCGGUUGCCCAGCAAAAUUCAUCAAACUGAUCCAGCUCUUUCAUGUCGACAUGACGGGAAGUCCUAUCUGGUGGAGAGACUUCUGAUCGCUUCAACAUCUCCAAUGGCAGGAAACAAGGCUGCGUCCUUGCUCCGGUACUAUUCAACCUAUUUUUCACCCAAGUAUUAUGACAUGCUGUGAUGGAUCUAGACCUGGGCGUCUACAUCAAAUACCGACUAGAUGGCUCACUAUUCGACCUUCGCUGCCUGACUGCAAAAACAAAGACAACAGAGAGACUCAUCCUGGAAGCUCUCUUUGCAGAUAACUGUGCUCUCAUGGCCCACCAAGAAAAUCAUCUCCAAACCAUUGUGGACAGGUUCUCCACCGCAACAAAACUGUUUGGCCUGACUAUCAGCCUCAGGAAAACAGAGGUGCUGUUCCAACCUGCACCAGGGAGGCCAACUAACCAGCCGUGCAUAACUAUAGACAGCACACAGCUUUCUAAUGUCAACACUUUCAAUUAUCUGGGCAGCAUCAUCGCCAACGAUGGGUCCCUAGACCACGAGAUCAAUGCCAGGAUCCAAAAGGCCAGCCAGGCACUCGGGCGGCUGCGCUGCAAAGUCCCCCAACACAGAGGUGUAAGCACUGCGACGAAGCUCAAAGUGUACAACGCAGUGGUCCUCAGUUCGCUCCUGUACGGUUGUGAGACAUGGACACUGUGCCGGAAGCACAUGAAACAGCUGGAGCAAUUCCACCAAUGCUCCCUCCAGUCAAUCAUGAGGAUCCGAUGGCAGGACCGAAUCACCAGCCAGGAAGUCCUCGACAGAGCCAACUCCACCAGCAUCGAAGUCCUGGUCCUCAAAACCCAGCUAUGAUGGCCUGGACACGUCAUCCACAUGGACCCACAGCGAAUACCAAGACAGGUAUUCUAUGGUGAACUGUCAGCUGGACUCAGGAAACAAGGCCGACCAAAGAAAAGAUUCAAGGAUCAGCUAAAGUCCAACUUGAAGUGGGCUGGCAUGACACCAAAGCAACUAGAACUCGCUGCCUCUGACAGAAGCAGCUGGCGAACCCACAUUCACCAUGCCGCCACCACCUUUGAAGAUGAGCGACGUCGAUGUCUUGCCGCUGCGCAUGAACGCCGACACCAGGCCACAACAGCACCUCCCGUAACAACUGGCGUCCCAUGCCCCAUGUGCCACAAACUCUGCGCCUCAGUCUUUGGACUCCAAAGCCACAUGAGGGUACACCAUAGAUGAAACUGCACAAAGACAAUAGUCAUUCUCGAUCACCGAGAGACUACCACUACUAAUCUAUUUUACCAAUUGACCUCAUUGGAAAAUAUACAGUAGUAUAUUUUUCAGAAAACCUUAUUUAUGAAUAUUAUUUGAACUGAGCUUGUUUUGGCUAGAAAUUGGAUGACACAUUCCCAGAGAAGCCAGGAUGCUGCUUGAUUGUUGUUUGAUUGUUUCAGUUGUGUCCUACUCUUCAUGACCCCAUUUGAGAUUUUCUUGGUAAAGGUACCAGAGUGGUUUGCCACUUCCUUUUCCAGCUCAUUUUAAAAAUGAGAAAGUUGAAGUAAAAUUCAAGGUCUUCCUGAUUCCAGAUCUGGCACUCUAUCUACUGUGCUACAUAGCUGCCCUCAGAUGACCAGAUUGCUGCAGGGAAUGCUGGAGAUCCCACCCAGGUCUUAUCUUGGAUCCACUCAAGGUUUGUGUUUUUAGUUCCCCAAAUUUGAAUGUUUAUAUUUACAUCUUAAUUGAUCUGAAUGUGAAUAUAUAUGCAUACUAAUAUAGAGGCAGGGAGGUGGCUCAAUGGAUAUGAGUGCCAAGCCUGAGUCAGGAAGACUUCUCUUCCUUAGUUCACAGCUAGACUCAGACAUUUACCAGUUUUGUAACCCCUGGGCAAACAUUUUACCCUGCUUAUUCUUAGUUUACUCUUCUCUAAAAUAAACUGGAGAACAAAAUGGCGAACUAUUCCAGUUUCUUUGCUAAGAAAACCUCAAAUGGAAUCACAGAGUUGAACAGGACUGAAAUGACCAAAUAAUAGCAAAAGCUUACCAAUAUACAACUCAAUGGACCUUGCCUGGAAACUGUCCUCUACAAAAUCACUUAACUGCUACCUGUCAUUUCUGUGCUGGCAUUCUUCUCUGAAUCCUAUAUUAAGUACAUCUUGCAGACCCUAGGAAAGGACCCUCUUUCUUCUGGCUUUCCUCCUUUGCUAAGUGGUCAAAUAAGUUCUUUCUAAAAUCAUUAAAAAGUUUUUUGUUUGUUCUUGUGCUUAAUUAUGUCAACAUGGAAUUUAGGAAUUCCAAACUUGUGGCCUAUUGGGAUCUGAUGAACCCCAAUUUUCAGGAUUAACUUGUAGAUUGGAGACCCCAAAGUUUGUGCUUGUUCCCUGUUCCCAUGGGAAUCUACCCUGAAGGGACUCCCAGGCUAGCAGACUAGACUGAGUGGGGGACCCUCUGGGGAAUGACAAUCCUAGUUGGGUGAGACUAAGCAUAUGCUAAGGAACCAUUCUUUAGUAUCCAUUGUAAGUAACCCCUUCUCUUACACCCUAGUCUCUGGCUAUAAUUCCUUUCCCAAGCUUGAUUGUAUCCUGUCAGUAUAGUCUGAACACUCCCAUUUUCUUUGUAGCUAUAGUGAUGUCAAUCAUCUUUCCCUGCCUAUGGAUUUCCCAAAUGGUAUAUAGGUUCCCCAAAUUCUUUUGUUCCUUGGAGUUGUCAUCUAGCCUUGUGGCACUCCCUAGGGAUAUCAUCCCCAGAGUCCAGGGUUUAUACCCUGGUUGUAGCACCGACCAAAUUGGGCCAAAGGGCCAAAUUGGACUUAUCCCUAUCCUGAUUAAAGACUUGGUUUUUCUGGCUAUUUAAUAGUUCUGUGUUAUUUCUAAAUUAACAACUAUUUCUAUUUUUUAACCAGUACCAAAUUGUUUCAGUGAUAACUGCCUUUAGUAUAGUUGAAGUUUUGGUACUGGUAGAUACCUCUUUUCUCUUCCUUCUCACUUUUUUUCAUUAUUACCCUUGAGGUCCUUGAUCUUUUGAUUAUACACAUCAAUUUUGUUAUGAUUGUUUCUAACUUUAUAACAUAAUCCUUUGGUAGUUUCAUUGUUAUGGAACUGAAUUAGGUAACACAGUGAUUAGAGCACUGGAAUUGGAGUCAGUAUCUGACUCAUUAUGACUCCAUUUGUUUUUUUUGGGGGGGGUAAAUAUAUGAGUGGUUUGCUGUUUCCUUCUUCCACUCAUUUUUCAGAUGAAGAAACUGAGGCAAAGAGAGUUAAGUGGCUUGACUAGGAUCACAAAACUAAAAAGUGUCUGAAGCCAGAUUUUAACUCAGGCAGAGAAAUUUUCCUGACUCUAGGCAUAACACUUUCCACUGCAUGGUAGUAUGACUUCAGGUACCUGUUUCCCUUUCCUAUUCUGUAAAAUGGGGAUAAUGACAUCACCUACCUCAGAGGGUUGUUGUGAGAACAAAAAUAGGUUAUAUUUAAAUAGUAUCUUACAAACCUUGAAGUGGUGCAUAAAUGCUAGGAUUGAUAUUAUUAUUAUUAUGGCUUGUCCUACCUAUGAGUAUCAAUUUUUAAUUAUUUAGUUCUGUAUUUCUGCCGAAAGUAUUUUAUACUUGGAUUCAUAAAGUUCCUUGAUGUAUCUUGGUAUAUAGACCCCCAAAUAUUUUAUAUAUCCUGUAAAAUUUUCAUAUUUCUUCUGCCGAGAUUUGUUGGUAAUAUAGGAAUGAUGGGUUUUUGUUUCACCUCCUGAUACUUUCCCAAAUGCAUUAUUUCAAUUAAAAUUUCAGUCGACUCUUUAGGUUUUAUAAGUAGAUCAGCAUAUAUACAAAAAUGACAAUUUUGUUUUCUAUUUAUCUUUAAUCCCUCAAUUUGCCAUUUUUGGCUUAUUUGUAUAGCUGUCUUUAUCAAAAAGUAUAGGUAAUACUCAAACAUUAGUUGUGUCUCCCUGAGCAAGUCACUUUACCACUGUUUGCCUUAGUUACCUCAAAUAUAAAAUGGGGAUAACAACAAUACCUCUCUCACAAAGUUAUUGUGACAAUCAAAUGAGAUAAUGUAUGCAAAAUACUUAGCAAAGUGUCUGGCACAUAGCAGGUACUCAAAAAAUCCUUCAUUCCCUGCCCUUCUUCCUUACCUUCCUAAAAUGCAGGUCCUAUGAUAUCACCUACCUAAUGAAUAAACUCCAGGGUCUUCCUAUUGCCUCCAAGAACAAAUACAAAAUGCUCCUUUUGCCAUUUAAAGUCCUUUAUAACCCAGUUACCUCCUACCUAUCCAAUCUUCUUACACCUUCCUCUCAACAACUACUCUUUAAUCCAGUGACACUGUCCUGGCUAUUCCAAGAACACUCCAGAAAUUGUUUUUAGCUGUUCCCCCAUUCCUGGAAUGCUGUCCCUCGCCUAUUCCAACUACUGACUUUCCUGGCUUCUUUUAAGCUCCAAAUAAAAUCCCACCUUCUAUAUAGGAAACUUCCCCCAACUUCUCGUAAUUCCCUUUAGUACUCACCAUAAUAACAAACAUGGGCUCCCAUAUAGCUACCGAUUCCCAAUUAUAAUGUUCUUUUCCAGACUGCACUCACUCUGGUUAGCCACCAAACUAUAAUCUCAACAGAAGGUAUUCCAUCAAGUAUUUUUUCAAGAAAACCUUUUUCUUCUGUAGUCUUUCUUUGCUUAGGAAAGGUUUUUUACUUUAUAUACUAAUUUGUUAAUUCCUUUUUUAAUUCAUCUUAAAUUCAACAUGUCUAAAAUUGAGCUUAUUAUAUUUUCCCAAAACUCCCAUUUUUCAAACAUAACUAUUUCAGUUUUCAUAUGUCAAGUUCUUCAGGUUCAAAGUAUCAGCAUUUUUCUCAACUUCUCACUAUCCCAAAUCUUGAUAUUUCUACCUUUACAAUGUCUUUCACAUUGGUCUACAUCUCUUCACUUUACCAUCUUAAUUCAUUAUCUCCUACAGAGAUUAUUGCAAUAGCUCCCUAAUCCCUAUCUUAAGUUUCCCUAUUACAGUCCAUUGUACACACUGCUUCUAAAAUAUAUUCCCCUAAAUGUAGACCUAUGUGACUUUCAACCAAUUUCAUUGGCUUCCUUUUACCUCUUGAAGUAAUUCAAGUCCAUACCAAGUCUAUUGGUAUGGGGUUCUUUCCUCAUUGGUGGAGAUAAAUGGCUCAUUCCUACCCUAUAUGUGGACCUCAACUACUUUUCCACUUUCAUUAGACAUUAUUCUUGUUCUUGCACUUUACGACCUAAUUAGACUUACCCUGUUGAGUGAGAGUUCCAACACUGAGAGAAAAAGAAGAGAGAGAUAGAGAGAUACAAAGCAAGGACCAGACGGAGUGAUGCAUGAUCUCCAUGAUUUCCAUUUAUUAUGACAAAAAGACAAACUUUUAUAAUGAUAGAGUUCUGUUGGGAAAUAGAUCCAUACUUCAAGAUAUACAUUCAUUGGUGAAACAAUAACCUAUGAGAUGACAUAAAAUUUUUUUAUUUAUGGAGGGUUGGUACAAGAGGUUUAAAGCUUUCCCAGGAACAAAACAAACAUCUUUUAGAGGCUUACAAAAACACUCCAGAAUGAGCCUUGAACAUUUCCCCAGAUAAGACACUUGCAGCUCCCCGUAACAGCUCAGCUUUGUACAUGACCUUUGGCCAAGAAUAGCAGUGGCCGAGAAUAGCAAUGCCUCUGUGUGAGACUUGGACCUUGCCAGAAAUCUCAGGCAAAUUUACAAGAAUGUCUUUUAUAAUUAUUUUCCUCAGUAGGCCUAAAUUGUCCUAGGUUUGUCCAUACACACUCUAUUGUUUCCUCACUCAAGAUACUCCAUCUUUCAUUGUUAGGAUUAAAAUUAUCUUGAGAGACUGACUUUUGGGUUAGGAUAUAAAUUUAUUGCUUAUAUUGGGUUUAUUGGUUAGGCCAGCACCACAACCAAUAAAGUUAGACCAAUAGGUCUCCAGGGGUCUCUUGGGACCAGGGAUGCCCAAGCUGGGUAAGGCAGCUUAUUAAAUAGAUUUUUAGGAGCUUAUUAUUCAGUCCCUCCCUUGAACAUUCCAAGACAUCUUUAACUGGUGAUAGCUAAUUAAGAGGUGGUCCACCAAUUUACCCACCCCUCCCCAUCCCCACUGGUAGACAGGUAACAUACCCUGGAAAGAACACUUCUCCCCUUCAUCUAUUAACCAAAUUCUGUUAAAAAAAGGAAGAUAUUGCUCGGGAUUCCCAAGGACAAAGAAAAUGCACAAAGCAGCAGACUAGAUAGGUCUCUGACCUAGAACCUACACACAGUAAUACUUCAUACUUCUCCCUAAUAUAUAGGAAUUAAUACAGUAUAUGAAAAAUAAAUUCUCAUACUAACUCUGUACCUUGGCACUGGUAGUCUCUUGUGCCUGAAAUGUACAACUUUUGGAAUCCUUCUCUUCCUUCAAGGGGGCAGCUAGGUGGCUCAGUGGAUUCAGAGCCAGGCCCAGAGACAGGAGGUCCUGGGUUCAAAUUUAGCCUCAGACACUUCCUAUUUGGGUGACCUUGGGAAAGUCACUUAACCCUCAUUGUCUAGCUCUUAUCACUCUUCUACCUUGGAGCCAAUAGAGAAUAUUGAUUCUAAGAUUGAAGGUAAGAGAUUUUUAAAAAAAGAUUAAAUUCAGUCACCAUGUACAUGAAAUCUUUCCUUGACUACACAAUUGCUAAUAUCCUCCAUCUAAAGCAAUCAAAUAUUGAAUUAUUUUGUAUGUAUAUUAGGUAUAUUUACUGACUUAAUAUUUAAACUGUAUGUUAAUAUUUGUACUUGUUAUCUCCCACUAUUAGAAAGUAAACUUGCUGUGAGUAGGGAUUUUUUCAUUCUUUGUACUUUUAUUUUCAGGGUCCAUCUCAGUGUCUGUAAAUUUUUGAGGACAGAUCAUU